UUAUUUUCUAUGUUACCGUUACGAUCAAUAAGAUGUUUUUUUAAGAGGGGUCUGUAGACACAAUGGACUUUAAACUCUACACAAACAUCUUCCUGUUCAAACAGUGACCAGAAUAAGCUCAUAACAGAGUCCAGACCUGCAGAGUGAGCAGAGGUUUCCAUCAGCAUGUCUCGCCCAGUCUCCAUGGAGCUGUCUCCCCCUCCCUCGGGUGUAGAAGAGGAGUAUAAGACCCUCUUCAGCACUGAGGCCCUCCUCUUCCUCCAUGAGCUGGUCUCCAGGUUUGAUGAGGAGGUGGAUCAGGUGCUGCGGCUACGAGUGUCCAGAAAGGCCCACUUGGACCUUUCUGGGGACCUGCCAAACUUUCUGAAAACAACCUCUCAUAUCAGGGGGGACCCUGCCUGGAGGGUGCUGCCCGUCCCCCCGAGGCUCCAGAGGAGACAUGUGGAUGUGGGAGAUCUGGCUCCAUGCGACACUCAGCACUUCAUCAGAGCCCUCCUGAGUCCGGCACAAGGCUUACAAGUUGACUUUGAUGAUGGAAACUGCCCCACAUACUUCAACCAGAUCAGAGGUCUUCAUAAUGUGUUCCAGGCCGUCCACAGCCAGCUCCACGGGGCUCCACACAUCUCUCAGGCCCCGGUGCUGAUGCUCCGCCCUCGUGCCUGGAACAUGGUGGAGCACAACAUGAUGGUGGAGGGGAAAGAGGCUCCUGGUCCUCUCUUUGACUUUGGACUCCUCAUGUUUCACUGUGGAAAGAUGCUGUUUGAAAACAAGAGUGGGCCGUUCUUCUACCUCUCCAAAGUGGAGAGCUUCGUGGAGGCUCGACUGUGGAACAAGAUCUUUGUCUGGACACAAGAGAAGCUGGGCCUGCCCCUGGGCUGCAUUAAGGCGACCGUGCUGAUAGAGAACGUGUUGGCAGCGUUUGAGAUGGAGGAGAUCCUCUUCGAGCUGCGGGAUCAUUCAGCCGGACUCAACUGUGGGAUCUGGGAUUAUUCAGCUUCAUUUGUCAACAAGUUUGGUCACCGACACAACUUCCUGCUGCCUGACCGCAGCAAAUAUGUCAACAUGGAGAAGCGUUUUCUACGAAGCUACAUGGACCUGCUGGUUCAGACGUGCCAUCGGAGGGGAGCGCUGGCCACAGGAGGUAUGGCGGCCCUGCUGCUGCCUCAGGACCCGCUCAGUGACUCCCACCAGGAAGUGUUAGCCACUGUCUCCAGACUGAAGAUGCUGGAAAUCGAAGCAGGUGUGGACGGGUUCAUGGUGUACGACCUGCGUUUGAUUGAGCCCAUGCAGAAGCUCUUCCAGCGUCACACUGAAGGAGAUAACCAGCUCCACCAGCUGCGGACUGACGUCAGUGUGACUCCUGAGGACCUGCUGUCCAUGCCCUCGGGAGGAGUCACGCCUUAUGGAUUGAAGUAUAACAUUGCGGUGGGUGUCCUCUUUAUGAAUGCAUGGCUGUCAGGUGUUGGUCACUUUGUCUACAGAGGCCAGGUGGAAGAUUCAGCCACAGCAGAGAUCUCCAGAUCACAGGUGUGGCAGUGGAUCCGUCAUCAGACCAGGCUGGAGGAUGAGAGCAGGGUGGUAAGCAGGCAGCUGGUGACUGAGGUCUCCCGAGAGGUCCUGAUGGAGCUCAUCCCUCUCUGUCACACUGUGAGGGAUAAGGAGAGGUUACACACAGCAGCAGACAUGUUCCUGGAGGUGGUCUUAAAGAGAGAUUUCCCAGAAUUCAUCACCUCUUACUUGAAUCAGGACCACACCUUUCUCAGCUCGCAGGACAGAGGACGGGUGGCUUUGGACGCGGACGUUCCCCGACACAAACUGUGAAGAUUCUGUCAGAUCUUUGCAUUGUUAACAAGAGGCAAUCUCUGUUCUUAAAAUAGGAAGCAUACGUGCUAAAAACUGCAGUUCAUCAAGUGUCCACUAGAGGCUGGCUGCAGAAACACCAGAAACCACAUACACACCCAUUCAAAGAGAAGAUCUUUAC